AUGCUGAGGCUGCCCAGGUGGUGCAUUUGGAGGCUGAGGCUGCUGUGUGCACUGCCAAAUGAGCUAAUAAAUGGGUUUAUUGACAAGGCUGAGUUUGCACAUUGGAGCACUGCCUUGGACUCCUCUCCCAAUCUCCUUCCCCUCUUUUAUCCCUCUGCCUCUCCUUCUGCUGCCACUGCCUCCUCCUCUUGUCCUAUACUGUCCGCCUUCUCUUGUCCCAAUCUAUUCACUGACUCUUCUUGUCCCAAUCUAUUUGCUGCUGAUUUGGAGCUUGUAUCUGCAAUUGACACCCUAGACCAAAUGAGUAUGGAUCUGGUUGCCUCUGCUGCCCUGGCUGAUGUGAAAGGCAAGAAGUUAGCAGCUGCUAUUGCCCCUGAGGAAUGGAAUAGUGCCAGUAGGGUUUUCGAGGAUCCUCCUGGGCUAGUUCCUGGUGACCUCCUAGCUAAGCCUGGUCAGGAGUCCUGCAUCAAGUGCGCUGACCACCAAAAGGGUUGCAGUUUCCAGCCCAGGUGGAUGUCAAAGGACAAGGGGAGGUCAAAGGCAAAGGAAAAGUCAAAGGCAAAGGCUGCUAACAAGUUGGAAGAGAAUGAGGCAUUAUGCCUAAUCAAAAGAUAUAAGGUUGAGGUUCUUAUGCCUAAAUAUUCUAUCAGUAAGAGCAUAGUGCAGACCAGAGGAUAUGUGAGCUUUGUUGGCAUGGUCAAUCAAGAUGUGGCAGGUCCAUCUAUAUCUUUGGAUGUCAUCUUGGUUGAGGAUUUAUCAGCAGCAGAGGAUUUGGAUAUGUCUGUGUUGGGUGAUUUUGUACCCAAUGAGUAG